ACAUCCUCUUUUUUCUUUUUCCUGGUAUCUCCUUAAUUUUCUAUUAUUAUUAUUUCAUUUCUUAUACAAUAAUACAAAUACAAUCAAACCACUCAAUGACCAUUUGUCUUGCAAACUACACAAAUCUUAUGUAAUGAUUUCCCCAAAAAUAUGAACUUAAGAUCUGGGAUUUUAUUACAUUUGAGGGCCCUCUUUCUCUUCUAUGAAAAUUAUUGAUGUAAUCGAUUACUUGACACCACAAUAACUUUGAAAGCCAGUCUCAUUAUCUCAUUCUAUCACAAACCGUUUUCUUAAACAUAUACAUCUUGUCAUAUAUAUAAACCAACUUUUUUCAGCUCUCUUGAGCUUAGAUCAUCUUCAUAAGACAUACUUUUUCUAUUUUUCUUCGGAUUGGGUACCUUUAUUUGGUGAAGUAGAUUUCAUGGUUGAACUUCCUUUUCGUUCUUCCCCAACUUUUGCUUCCAUUUGCUUGCCCACCACAUUGAAUUACAGAUUACUGGAUUUGAUCUCACACCCAUUGGAAACAGAAUUUUGCUCCAUUUUCUACUCUUCUAGGUAAAAAAUAUUCUAUUUAUAUUGGAAAAUUUGUCGGAAACAUCUUUCCAAUACAAGUUUUUGCGAGAAACAACCACAUUGAAUUACUGAAUCUCUAUUUUUGAGCUCACAUUACUCAAAAAAUCCGGAUAACUUGUAGGUGGGGAACUAGGCUCUGUAAAAGCAGCAAUGGAGAAAACAGGGCAGAAUUCAGAUUCUCCUGUUGGAGUUCUUGAAGACUAUUUCCGAAGUGUCGAAUCUGAUACAAAUUCUUCCACGGAAGAGAAUGAAUCCCUGAAAAAACAGACAACUUCUCGUUUUCGUGGUUUCCUAGAUUUUUUGAGGACUAAAUCCAAGAAGCAAUUACCUGCAUUAGCUUCUCUGAGUGUACCCAAGUUACCAGGAUUUAGAAGUGCAAGUAUGAGAGAACAAGCCCCGAAUUCUUCAACUGGCAGUCGUUAUAUUGGCAAUGCUGAUUCACCUUGCAGGAAUUUCACCCUUCAUGAGCUCCAAUUGGCGACCAAAAAUUUUAGCCAAGAGAAUUUCAUUGGGAAGGGUGGAUAUGCUGAAGUUUAUACAGCGCAAUUGCAUGAUGGGAAAGUUGUCGCGGUGAAACGACUUACCAAGGGCACCCCAGAAGACAGGAUCGCGGAUUUUCUAGCAGAGCUAGGGAUAAUGGCUCAUGUUAACCAUCCCAAUACAACCAAGUUGAUUGGUUAUUGUGUUGAAGGAGGAAUGCAUCUUGUUCUUGAGUAUUCACAUCUCGGCAGCUUAGCUUCUUUGUUACAUGGUUCAAACGGAAAAUUAGGUUGGAAUGUUAGGUAUAAGAUUGCAUUAGGGAUUGCUGAUGGACUAAUGUACCUUCACAAUGGUUGUCAAAGGCGAAUUAUCCAUAGAGAUAUUAAAGCUGCCAAUAUUUUGCUCACAAGAGACUUUGAACCCCAGAUUUGUGAUUUUGGGCUUGCAAAGUGGCUGCCUGAUAAAUGGACUCAUCACAUCGUUCUAAAAUUUGAAGGGACAUUUGGUUAUCUUGCACCUGAAUUCAUGAUGCAUGGCAUAGUUGAUGAAAGAACGGAUGUUUUUGCAUUCGGUGUGCUCUUGUUGGAGCUAAUUACAGGUCGUCGUGCUCUUGAUUGCUCACAGCAAAGCCUUGUUAUGUGGGCCAAGCCACUACUAAGGAAGAAUAACAUCAGAGAGCUCAUUGAUCCUGCUCUUAAUUAUAGCUUCAACUCAAAACAGAUGAAGCUAAUGCUUUUAGCUGCUGCCUUGUGUGUACAACGUUCUUCAAUUCUACGACCUCGUAUGAAUGAGGUUGUGCAGCUACUGAAAGGUAAUCUUAGCAGCAUGGAGUCCCUGAAGAAAUAUAAGAAGCCAUCAUUUUGGAAGAUUUACUCCGAGGAAAAUACUGAUGCAUAAAAUGUACAGAUAAAAAUCAAUCAACUGGUUUCAGUAUGAAGGCUUGAUCACAGUAUCAGAGUACAUAAUGCUUGGUCAAUACAUAUCUCCAGGAUGCUAUUUUGGCUUCGGCUUAGCUUAAUGCCUUCAUCACGUGUCCUACAAAAGCCUCAAUUAAACAGUAUAUUCCGGCACGGUACUGAUAGAGAAUAUAUUUAGGAUGUUUUCUCCAUAUAUUUAGCGAUAUAUUUUUGUACAGUUUUGGAUAUGAUAUUAUAUAUCCUUCUCACAUCAGGUUCCUAACACAAUUAGGACUGAUAUCUUGUAACCUAUAUAUAUUGAUUAAUGGAAGCGCUUUAAGAUUAAGGAGC